CUUAAACUUCUCGUUCCCGGAAAUCUCGAUUCUCCCAUGAGAAUUCUCAGCACACGCCGUUCUCGUACUUCCGCCUUAUAUAAUCGCAACACUCUUUCUUCCAUUUCAAUUCCAUUUCCAAUUCAAUUCUCUUCUCUCUUUCUCUUCCACUCUCUUUCUUCACAUCUCACUCUAUCGCCUUCAAUGGCUACUUGUGUUGGCACUUCGACGGCGCGCAUAAACGAUUCCGACCCACUUUCUCGGAAUCCAGACAGGGACGGCCAGACCAUCGAUUAUUCCUUCAACUAUGUGAAAUUCUGCCGACCCACUUUCUCUGAUCGUUCUCCGGUCGUGCCCUUUUCCGUGAACGGUGUCAAUAGCUUACACACGCGGACGGCGCCGGAGGAACUUCACCGGCAGGAUGAAGAAGAAGGGGAGGAGGAGCGGGAGGAGGAUGAUCUCUGGGCGAAGAUGCAAGAGGAAGCAAGAUUAGAUGUCGAACAAGAGCCGAUUCUGUCUUCCUAUUUCCAUGCUUCGAUUCUGUCUCACCAGUCGUUGGAAUCCGCGUUGGCGAAUCAUCUCUCCCUCAAAUUGUGCAGCUCAAGUCUUCCCAAUGGAACCCUAAUCGACCCCUUCGUCUCCACUCUUACUGAAAAUGAAGAAAUCAUGGAAGCCGUGAAGUACGACCUGAGAGCCGUGAAAGAACGAGACCCAGCUUGCAUAAGUUAUGUCCAUUGCUUCCUAAACUUCAAAGGCUUUCUUGCUUGCCAAGCUCACAGAAUAGCUCACCAAUUAUGGUCUCAGGGAAGAAACGUGUUGGCCCUUGUGAUUCAGAACAGAGUUUCUGAGGUAUUCGCUGUGGAUAUCCAUCCAGGAGCAAAAAUUGGAAGAGGAAUUUUACUGGAUCACGCAACAGGAUUAGUGGUAGGAGAAACGGCAGCGAUAGGGAACAAUGUGUCAAUUCUGCAUAAUGUGACAUUGGGAGGAACUGGGAAAGCUUCAGGAGAUAGACAUCCCAAGAUUGGUAAUGGGGUUCUUAUAGGUGCAGGGACUUGCAUUCUGGGGAAUAUAAAGAUUGGAGAUGGAGCUAAGAUCGGUGCUGGUUCUGUGGUUCUGAAGGAUGUUCCUCCAAUGACUACUGCAGUUGGAAAUCCAGCAAGAUUGGUAGGAGGGAAGGUUAAUCCUGUGAGGCUGGACAAGAUUCCAAGCUUCACAAUGGAUCAUACUUCACAUAUUUCUGAGUGGCCUGAUCAUGUUAUUUAGAUGAUACUGGUUGCUAGUCCUCAAUUGUAUGGCUACAGGGUUAUCAUUGCUACUAUUAAUAUAGGCAUUUAUCUCAUGAGUAGGAAUCUAAAUCUUGAUUUUUCAUGUUAUGAAUAACUAGCCCUUCCGUUGUACCAAAACCCUGCUGGUGGUAUUGUUACUGUUAUUAUUAUUGGGCUAAUAUACAAGAGAGCUAUUGUUUAUCUAUUAGGGUGAUGGUACUGUGGGAUUCUCUGUUUGUUUGUUUGAUAAGUGAGAAUGCAUGUUCUCCUGGAAGUAAGCAGAGAGCCCUUGAGAGCUUGGUGCUAAAAAUAAGAGCAGGUUCAUGAUUUUGAUUUUUGAUAUGUAAUAGAGUAUGUUGUAAGGUACAAGGACUUCCCUUUAUGUUAUGCAAUAUAUGAAUUUUGCUGCUGUUA